CGGGCCCGGUAGAAAAGUCGGAAUCGCGCUCACUCGACGUUCCAGUAACAAACCUUAGGCAAGUAUAGUCGCUAUUAUCAUUACUUCAUCCUUUCUGUACAAAGCAAAGUCUCGCGCUUCAAGUAUCGGAAGCAGCCCCCGCCACCGCAAUAGCUGUAGCCACCGGCGGUCGUUGAAAUGGAGAAUAUUAGGGCCACCAAAACUCAGGAAGAGCAGUGGAUGGUUCAGAAUCACGUUUUCCGAAUUUACGAUCUUGUCUUCCGCCUCCCUCCUCAUGCUCAAUCCGUCAACUUUGAGCUUCGACGUGAUAACCACAUUGAGUAUCUCACCAAGAGUCUCAAACAGCUCGGCCCGAAUUUUACGGUUUUGGAUGCUAACCGACCUUGGCUCUGCUAUUGGAUCAUACACUCAAUUGCAUUAUUGGGCGAUUGUCUAGAUGACAAACUGGAAAAUGGCGUAGUUGAUUUUCUCCAACAGUGCCAGGACCCAAAUGGUGGCUAUGGUGGUGGACCAGGCCAGAUGCCUCAUCUGGCAACAACUUAUGCUGCAGUUAAUACACUUAUUACAGUGGGUGGUCAGAGAUCUUUGUCAUCAAUCGAUAGGAAAAAGUUAUAUGCAUUCUUGCUGCGAAUGAAGGAUGCAAGUGGUGGCUUCAGGAUGCAUGAUGGCGGAGAAGUUGAUGUCCGUGCUUGCUAUACUGCUAUAUCUGUGGCCAGUGUUCUUAAUAUCUUGGAUGAUAGGCUGAUUCAAAGUGUUGGAGAUUACAUUUUAAGUUGCCAGACUCAUGAAGGAGGAAUUGCUGGUGAGCCGGGCUCAGAAGCUCAUGGUGGGUACACGUUCUGUGGUUUGGCUGCAAUGGUUCUAAUCAAUGAGGUUAAUCGUUUGGACUUGCCUGGACUGAUUGAUUGGGUGGUAUUCAGGCAAGGAGUAGAAUGUGGAUUUCAAGGCAGAACGAAUAAGUUGGUCGAUGGCUGCUACUCUUUUUGGCAGGGAGGAGUUGCUGCAAUUAUUCAACGACUAUAUUUGUUGGUCAAUGAGCAACUGGGCCUGCCAAAUACCUUCAAAUAUGACUGCAGAACAGCAAGUGACAAUGAUUUGUCAGACUCUGAUGGAGAACCAUACUCUGAUGGGGCGGCUUCCCCAGAAAAUGAUAGCAGCCAGCCCAUGCAAGAAGGAAAAUCCAAUGCUUCUGCUGCCAUAGGGGUGAAUGAUAAUGGUUACAAGUUUAUCAAAGGGGCCAUUGGCAUGACACCUCUUUUCAACAGCAUGGCCUUGCAGCAAUAUAUUCUCCUUUGCUCACAGGAGGAGGCAGGUUUCAGAGACAAGCCGGGAAAACGGAGAGACCACUAUCACACAUGUUAUGUCCUAAGCGGAUUAUCAAUCUGCCAGCAUAGCAACAUAAAAGAAGCUGAUUCUCCACCUCUGCCAAGGGAUAUAAUGGGCCCUUAUUCUAAUUUGUUAGAACCUGUGCACCCUCUACAUAAUAUUGUGUUAGACAAAUACUAUGAAGCACACGAAUUCUUCACCACAUCUUAGGCACAUAGGAUCGUCUACAGAUUUUAGCUGUAUCAUGACAGUUUUCUAUAUCAGUUUCAGUUAAAAUACGUCUGUUAUUCUCA